AUGCGUUUCUCGCUAUUAGUGCCCGCCAUUGGGACUUUUGUGUUUGGUGCGACCUUCAUCGUCGCAGCCCGUCCGAAUGAUGCUGCGGCGAUCCUCCAAGAUUUACAGAGGAAGGUUGAAGCCAAGCUACACGAGACAAACAAGACAGCUCCCGGUUCCCUGCCCGGACAUGGAGGCCAAACAUGCACACUCGCCAACGCUGCCGUCCGCAAAGACUGUAAAAUGUUGGUGGAAAUUGGGGUUGAUGAUGCGGCGGCGGCGCCUGGGAUUUUGCCGACCGAGGAGCUGAUGUAUGGGAAGGAGGCGCAGGAGAUCAGGAUAGAGGUGGCGCUGAGGAUGCGGGCUGAGAUUCUCAAGGUGCGGAAGGCGUUGGGCGGGUAUCCCGAGCCCGAGCCGGCGUUUGGGUUGGCUGAGACGUGGCGGCUGGACGAGGAUAUCGAGGCCAAGAAGUACAAGAGCCGGGUUGAUGGGAGUGAUAUCAACCAGGAUUAA